AUGGCGAGCAUCUACGCUCUGUUUCUCACUUUGAUCCUUGUGUUUUCUAUCGUCGUUCAGCUCCAAAUGUUAAUCGCAGAUCCAAAGAAGCUAUGCACGAUUUUCCAUUACUACGCGACCAACGCGGAAGAUUCCAACAAAUCAUCCGUCCGUAACAUACUGCAACACUAUUCCAAAGAACCUAACGUCUUCAGCGUUCCCAGCUCCGAUUCCAAGAUAUCGUUGACCAACCUGAGAACUGUUUCAUCUUGGCCAGUGAUACCGAACCAAACGCUAUCGAUUCCUAACCCAACGGUCAAGACAGAAGCUACAAAUUCGAUGGAAACUGAGCCGAACGUGGUCGCAAAAUAUUCGUCCACGUUCGUGAAAACCGAUCAGGUUUUACCUGUCGUUGACAUCACAUGGGAUUACAAUUCGUAUCGAUUCAAAACGUUUGAGUCGUGCUUACGGAAUUGUUACGGGGAUAGGUAUCCACCGGGUGAAGUGGUGUUGAACUCGAUGCAGCUGAAUCUGUUGGAUUCUCACACGAACGUCCCGAUGAACGUUGCCGGUCUAUUCGAUUUCAUGAAAGAAGAGAGCGAACCGCGUUUGAACACCGUGUCGAGGAAGCUGGAAAUUGAGUAUCUUAAUCCGUUGGAUCACUUUGUGACGAAACAACCCGGUAGACCGGAGACUAUGGAGAGAUUCACGGAAACGGAUGAGCAGGAUCGGUGGUACAAUACAGCCAAGAGCCAACAGGAGAACGAUAUCGGGCCCGUAAUCACCGGCCGAGAAAAGAAUCAGCCGAAUCGAAGAUCCUCCAGGAAGAUCGAGGCCCCUUGCAAAUGCUAUUUGUCCUCGUCUCGGCGUGUUUGCGGGACGAAUGACUCUUGAUCGGGAAGAAACCCUCUAGAAACGAUUGGAGAACACGGUCGCUGGCUGUUGCCGGGGCAUCGAUUAGGGCAACUAGCUUGAUUGAGAAGAAAAGGUGGCGAGAAAUAUUUGUCGCGAAAUUAUCGCUGCUUCUUUUUUAUUCUACGAAGGAUUCUACGGGUUUCUUCCUUUUUUUAUAUUUUAUUCUGAUCCGUGGAUGAGAGAGAAGGUUCAAGGGAUUUUUGAGAUCUCGCCGAGGGAAUUUUAUAAUUUACGGUUUAUACUUUAGCGCGUGCAGGAUACUUGUUUCAUGGUACUAGUAUUUUUAUACACGGCUUUGUUUAAAGAUUUUUCUCUGGAAAUAUUAGUCUAAGUAACUUAGACGAAUAAAUUUCUGGCUACAGAGUGCGAUUUUUCUGGCGCUUCUUUCGAGUUCUAUCGAUUCUCUAAGCGUUACACGUAGGUAAUCAGGAUAAGUUAAUCCUUAUUUAUGGAUCAUUGUCGUUUCCAGUGUCAAAUAUUUUAUUCGGUGUAAAGCCUGUUUAUUUCUAGGCGACAGCUAAAACUUAAAAGAUAAAAUUUGAUAGAGUAGUAACGCGAGGAUGACAGUCAUACGUAUUCAAGUAAGUUAACGAUUCAGAUUCUAUAUAUACGAAAAAAGAAGUCGAAAAUAUAGAAUAAAAAUUUAAAAAUUUUAAAAUUUUAAAAAUUAAAAAAAUAACGUCAAUCUAGACAACGAUCUACAGUGAGAUCCGUUAUAACGAGACGUAAAAAAGUGCACGCGUUCCGAGCGAAAAUUCAAAGUCGAUUUUCUCGAAAACAAAUUCUCGGAAAUGAAAAAUUUUUAUUCUAUAUUUUCGACUUCUUUUUUCGCGUAGAAUCACCCCCUUCCCGUUUGUACCACCAGUUACCAACCACCCUGUAUAUAAUAGAAAUUAGAAGUAAAUAUCUGAAAUCAAAUUAUGAAAUAAUCUAAUAACUAUCUAACAACCAAAGAUAUCAGUUCAAGGUUAAUUAGAUUGUUAUACAUCUGUUCAAUCAACGUGAUUAAAUCAUACAGUAUCGGGGUUGAUAUCAUUUUAGCGCUGGCGGAGUACGAGGUUUGGCUGUAGCCGGAAUCAACGUCAACCGUGACAAUGAUGUUUGUAUUCGCUAUUGACAGAUAUACAAGGGUCACGUGUGUAUGUAUUUCGGUCUUGCAGAAGCUCCGUUUUAAAUAGAAAUCGAUAAUGGGUAAUAAGGAUUGGAUAGGGAGGGAGCUACCACAGGAUAGCUUCCUAGGAAUUGCGUCUAUUUAUUGAUCGUCCGCUGUAUCGGAAUAUUCAGACGAACCAUGGCCUCUAUCCACUUUUGGCUCGUCUUACCCUUAUUCCUUGUUUCUCUUGUCGUUCUUGAACGCGAGUGUCUUUAUACUCUCGUAACCAAUAAUUUCAAGGAAUUCAGUAAUACCGAAAUAACAAUAAAAUAUAUGAUUAUUGACGGUCUAAAAAUUGUAUAGUAUAGGACAGAAUUGUGAGAAUUCAAUUUUAAUACUGGAAGCACCGAUGAUAUUGUAUUGGGUUGUAACAUAAAUUCGUAUACAUACAUGUACUAUAUAAUUACACAUAUAUUAAAUAUAUUCAUAUAUUAGUUGGUAUACAUAUAUUAUCUAUACAUAUAUUCUAAUAAAUAGUAGUAGUAGUGAAUUUAUUCAUUUCAUCUUAUUAGCCCAGAAAGUGGACUUGGUUACAUAGGUUGCUACUGUAACUCGUACUAUUAUCGAACCUGCUUUAGAUAAUUAUUUCUUUGGUUUCUAUUCUAAAACCGUUUCUGCUUCGCUAUAAAGCAUUAUCGUUCUUUAAAACUACCUUAAACUAUUUCAUUGGCUUCACACUUUGCGCAGCUUCCUUUGCUCAUCUCCUCUCCGCCUCUUUUCCUCCUUUUUAUCUUUUUUGACCAUUCCGCUUUUCGCUCCUCCAUUAGUAUUUCUUCCACGCUUACGUUUGUUCUAUCAAUUCUUUUGCAUAUCCUCCAUAUGUUCAAAUGCCUUUUCGCUGGUUUUACAAAAUAAGCAUCUCUUUUCCUUUCUUCUCACCCAAAAUCUACAUGCAUUCUCCAAGUUGCUAUAUCUUGUUCUUCUCAGUAACUUUUGCUCCCUAGCUUCCGUCUCUACCUUAAAUAUUUUGGUACACUUCCUAUGGCUAUUCUCCCAUUUUCGUAUUUCCUGUUAUGUCUACAUCCUUGUAUUCUAAUCCACCGCUUCUCUCUUUGUACAUCUUCUUCGCUACUCCUUAGAACCUCACCUUCAUCUUCUAUUUCUCCAUCUCUUUCUCUCUCUCUUUUUCUUUCUUCUACAAGUUCUCUACUCCUUCUUGUCUUUAUCCACAUUCUUUGAAGUAUUCUAACCUUUCAUAUUGCAGUAAAUAUAAGAACAGGAUGAAUUUAUGUUACGACUGAAUAGUACGAAGUUUGUGUAUACUUGUACAUGUUAUAUAUGCAGAAAUUGAAAUGAAUGUCAUAUGAGAAAAUAUUAGGGUUGUAACAUACGCAAGUCCCCGUUUCUUCGUUUAGAAUAAUAAAUAGAAGCACAGGACGAAUUUAUGUUACAACCCAACACUUUUAUCGAUCAAGCUGUCACGUUUGGAUGAUUCGUUCCAACUGUUUCACGAUGGCAAGCCGUUGGUCGAAGAUGAGAAUUAAUUGCGUCGGGAGAACGAUCAUCUGUCAAGAAAUCGAAAGGAAAAGGCCGGGAGAUAGAUCAGUUGUAAGAUGGAAAAGCGUAGCUUUCCUAGCUGUGCUAUUAGCUCUUAAGCUAAGCCGGAAAUUCCAGACCGGAAACCGGCAGUCGCAGCUUGGCUGGAUACAGUGAGGCAAAACAAAAAGAUCAAAGAGAGACAGAGAUAGAGAGAGAGAGGUGCAAAGAAGAAGGGGAGAGAGAGAGAGGCUGAAGGAUGGAAAGUUGAGUUGCGCGAGGAAAGAAGAGGAUUUAUCGUGGAUCCAGCAUCGAACGCGUACUCUCACGCGGCCGAAAUGUCGAUAGUUUGUUUAACGCCUCCUAUGCACUUUUUGAGAAGGAUUCAAUUAAAGCCAGCCUUUACUAUUAAGAAACCUACCUUCUUCUGCAUCGUUGAUUACGUUAUCGUCAUUUUUUUAUUCUGAGCAAAUGACAGAAAUUUUUCUUGUCGCGAUUGAAGGAAUAAAAAAUAGGGAAUGAUACGCUUCAGAGUAAAAAGGUAUUAGUGGACUGCGAAUAUUUACGCAAGUUCAUACUUUUUAUAAAUACAAUUCAAGUGAUCGAAUCUAAACAGAUAGUAUCCUGCUUGUUUACGUUGGAAAUAAUUGUUUAUUGGGAAGUUGUUAUAAUCUGCGAAAUUACACGUGACGUGUAAAAACGAGGGAAGAUAACAGUACUGCAACAAAGAAAGGAAUGUAUAAUGGAAAAACCAUUAAUUUUUUGCCGGAGUACUUUGAUCGACAAUGUAUGCAAAAUAAUCACGUUGUGAAGUACGUGUAAAUAUUGAAACUUUGGCUUUUUGUAUAAGUAUCGAUAAUGUAUCAAAAUAUCUAAAUUUGUUUUAUUUUUCAAUUUAAUUCACUUUUAGUCCUUCGUAUCUUUGUCCCAUCUUAAUACGUUGGUCCUUUUAUUUCAUUAUUCUUCAUAAAUCAUGAAUACUAGAAAUAAUUCCAAACGUUUGAACGAUAACGAUAAGGGUGAUGGUUUUUAUCGUUAAUCAUCUGAUAAGAAAUUCUACGCAGUUUGUACAUUAUUUUUCAUUAUUUGCAACUGUUACAGUAACAUAACAGUUCCUUUUAGUUUGUCUGACGACUUGGCCUCACGACAGCUUCACGGGAAUUUGAAUUUUAAAGCGCAUUCUUUCGCGAUACCUGUGCACCGUGUACAAAGGAAAAAAGUCACGUUCCUUCUUUAACCCUUUUUGCUUGCAGCGUCGUUUCGCGCGUCACGCGUUGCAUCGUGUCUCAGACACGUAACGCAGAUUCCACCCACCCGCACCCCUAUGAAUUUUCAUCACGAUACUUCAUGAAAACCCAUUUGGAUCUGUCUACUUUUUACUGAACCGUGCACGCAAAACAUCGUAAAUGGAACUCAGAUUACGCGAAUCUACAGCAGUUUUAUCUAAACGUAAAUCAACAAUUUUACAUUGUGAUUCUUUAUUCCUCUUCGAAUCUUAUAAGACUUACAAGAAUUUGCUAUAUCUUCUAUGAAUUAAUCGGUUGAUCCAGUAAGAUGAAAAGUGAAUAAUAAUUUUUUGUUAGAAAAAUCAAAGGAUAGAUAAACUAACAUUCUUCUAAUUCCAUUUUCAUCAUCUUCUUCGUGCUACAUGAGCGUGACACUUACGAAUUGAGCACGUAAGAGGUAAAUGGCUCAACUUUAUCUUCCACUUACACGAAGAAUAGAAUUUCCUUUGAGAAAUAAAAAAAAUCAAUAUACCUCAUAUAUAUUACUAACAAAAGUUUUUGUUACUACUAUUUUUAAUCUCUAUUAGCCCUUUAUAUUCCUUUAGUGAGAAUUAUUUUUAAAUUUACAAAUUUAGAUUCACGAACUUAUAAUGUUCUCCUCCUCGAAGACGAAUUCCUCAUUUUUAAAAAGUUUCGCUAUAAAAGCGUGGGAGAGAGGGUACGAAAAAUAUCGUCGACAUGCAAAGGAUUAACGUUUCUAUCAAAUCUAUCCAGAAUGAAUCGAAUACAAUCGACAUUUUAUGCGCGUAACGAAACGCAUGGGGCAAGAAAUAAUCAUCACAAGCAAAGGUGAAUACGUCGCGGAAAAUCGGAUUUCGGGCGAGCAUCAUGGAGCUAAGCGUCUCGAAAAUUUGAGCACGCCGUCGAACGAGGUUUUAUCGGGUUUCACGACAGGGAGGUGAGGAGGAUGAGAAGGUGGAAAACGAGAAGAACGCUGGAAACAUGCAGGAGGCGGCAAUAGGAUUUCGUGACAAGUCGAUUUGCCGCGGAGCAAAGUUCUCGGAUUCGUCGGCGUCUUCGUCUUUUACGCGUGCUUUCAUGCUUUCCAACAAUGUCUGCGGGAAAAUUCGUGCCAUUCGAUCGUCGGCGAAUGGAAUUGCGAUAAUCGGACGCGAACCCAUGUGUUUCGUUCUCUAACUUUUCUCUCUGAACAACAUAAUGAUAAACUAAGUUCAGCUUAGUGGGAUUUGGUGAAAGAAUGAAAUAUAUGUUGUUAUCUCUGGCAGAUAUACGAUAUUGAUCGCAAAUUUGGCAUGCUUUUUGGAAAGUUUCUGUUGUUCGUCUGAAAUUAAUUCGCUACAGAUAUAGAUACUUAUUUUCUUUAGAUUUUUGAGUAGAAAUUAUACGAGCCUAAAGGAAUUCUAAAUUGGCGUUUUGAAUUUCUACCGAAUAUUCAAUUUAUGGAUUUAAGCUAAUUUGCGAGUGAUUGAAUUAUUCGUUUGUCGCUCGUAUAAGACGUAGUACUAUAUUUUAAGUAUUCUAUAUUUUAAGGAUUCUAUAAUCUUUCCACGUAUGAUCGUCGAAGAACAUUUUGACGUUACCAGUACGAACAUUUUACCUGCUAUGUCUUGUAUUUUAUAUUUCGAAAAAUUAGGAAAGAUAGGAAAAUCAGAAAAGAUUUGCUAUACUUUAAAAUACGCUUACUUACGUUAGUAAUACACCGAUAAUAAUUGUUCACUGUGACUGUAACACAGCGACUGUAAAAUAGAAUUAGUACGAAAAAUUGGUAGAUGCUAUCACUCUAAAGAGCUAAACAUUGAGAAUGUAGCGUGUAGCUAUUCGAAGCUCUUGAUCGCUGACGUAUUUAUAGCAGCUGUUCGAAGGAAGUGGGAUCGAGCGGAGCGCAAUUAAACCAGCGGGCUCGAGCAGGUUCACGGGAACUCGGACGUUACGCGUGCAAGUACGAUUUCGAAGGAGGUCGGUUCGAAGGCCGGGGAACUCAUUUCGCGGGCGCAACUUUAUGGAGAUCGAUGCUUCGGGAAAUAAAAGCUCGGCUAUAACUUCGAGUGCCUCGCGGACGGCCGAUUCUCGUAGCCAUCAAAGGAUGGAGUGCCGCGAGGAUUUGCCUAUUCCAUUACGACUCCACCUUUCUCCGUUUCCGAUUCCGAUAUCUUCUUUCGAGGUUGCCCUCGUUCGUGGAAAGCCAUUCUGUGGCGUACAGUCAAACUUGCCGAUGAAUAUAAAUGCCAAGGGCAACGUGGGGCCGACUUAAUGCCACUGAAACGGGCCGGGCCGGUAGAGACUUCCGGUCGAACCAUCAAUCUCGCUUCUUGCCGUUUGCCUCUCCGUUCGUAUCACGCGGAUCGUUGCGCAGACGUGGUUGUCGAAGGGGGAUGGAUAAGUCGAUCCGGGUGUUCCAUUGUCGGGUAAGUUGUAUCCUUAGCCUCGUGUGUUUGUAUUUAUAAGUUGUUUCUGAACGCUCGUUUAUAGAGUGUUUGGGUAAAAAAGUGAUAAGACGAAAUGGUUAUGAGUUUGGUAGAGGUUUUAGAAUGUUUAUUGUUAUCUCUGACGUUAGGUUGAGACCUUAAAUGGGGUUUUUACGAACGCAAUUUAAAGGGACUUUUAUUAGUAUUGGGAAUAUUGAUAUUGGGAUAUAUAUUUUAAUAUUGGGUAUAGUUUUAUGAAAAAACUUACGAAAUGUCUGAAAAAGUAUUCCCUGUUUUUCUAUUCAGAUUCAAUUUUUUUAUUCGUACUUAUGAAGAUACGAAUUUGCAUCAACAUUCGCAGUUUAAUUAUUAAUAUAGGACACGACGUGUGAUUCUCAUUGUUAGGUAAAUCGUAUUGUAGGCUGUUCAUGAAGGACCUUGGAUGUAUCAUAUAUUUAUUGUUACUAUACGUAUACUAUACGUAUGUAACAAAUAAUCAUUAUUCGUUAUCGUAUACGUAUAUGCGCAUUGUAUUUAUUUGAAAGAUUGCCUAAUUAGUUUGUGUACUUUUUUUUUAAUACUGAAAAUACCUAUUUUAAAAGGAGAAGAUAGAAGUUGUUAAGAUACUAAUCUUCUUAUCGCUCCUUCGUAUUUAUUUUUACCUGACGUUUUGCACGUAUCUCUCGUUUGAUACUUCCAUGAUCGACGUUUCAAAAAUCGGAAGGCCGGGGUAAGAAUGUACAAAGGUUAAAGAAGGUGCGCAUGUUUUGCUAACGUAUGACGUUUAGUAAACUGAAUAUGAGAAAGGGACUGAGAGAGUACGAUGUACAAAAAGGAGAGGGAGAUGAAGAGGGACACGUGUUUUCUUGCUGGACAUACCUAUGGACAUGUCGGUAAAGCUAUCUUGCUGAUGUUGCUUUAGACACGAGAAACGUACGGCGAUAGUACGGAAGGUCUAUGUAUAUGAAGGGAUCGAUGGCUAACCGAGAACUUGCGGAAAUAGGGAUUGAUGGAUGGUCAUCUACCAGCGAGUGCGAAAGGUGUUACGUAUGCUUCACCGAAGCGACUUUUCAAACACUCAACUUCGUAAAAACUUUUCCCAAUAUCAAUAAAUAUGUAUCAAUAAAUUACGAAUAAUUUAAGGUGGUCCAAUUAUGUGACUCACGUUUGUGUGAUAAUAUUUUAUAUAAUAUUCACAAAUUCUCUAUAUUUUUAAUAUCAUUAUGUUUAUCUUCUGAUACGAGGAAACUGUAAGUGAAGUUAUGUUCUAACGUAGAAAUCUGUAGAUUGUAAACAUCGAAGCAGGUCAUCAUACAUGGCCACAAAGGCUGAAGAUUCAUAACUAGAUCCUCCAGAUAAAUAUUUUAUGUUGUAUUUUUGAAUUAUUUCUUUUUUUGGGAAAAGUGCAUUUAUACUUCUGUAGCGUUUCUCUACUGAGUUUUUCAUGUAUAGAUGCAGCAUUUUUUCUGUAAUAUUAUUAUACGUAAUAUCAUGCAUAAUAAUAAAUCUCUUAUAAACUUUU